AUGUCACUCUCUUGGAGGAAUUGUUGCAAGGCAGGGACUGUGGAAGCGGACUGGAAUGACCUCUGGCUUCUGUUGGCAAAGGGAGGCGGAGUGAGCCGUGGCUCAGUCUUUACCCAGUUGCUCAGUGCCUUCAACCAAGCAUCGGUCAAUGCACAGGAGCAAUUUUGUGCCCUCAAUCCUGUACCUCCUGUUGAAUGUCUGUACGAGACGCAGAAGACAUCAGUCGCGGGAACGAAACGUACUGUUGUCUCACCAGCUUCAGCCGGCUUGAUCAGACGGGCGGAGCCUAUGUUGAACGUAGACCAUCGGACGAUCUGCAGAUUCCCAGACAUGUACGACCCGGGUUAUAUGCAGGUGCUGAACUGCCUAGACAAGAUCCGAAAGUGUCUAGUGAUGUCCAAGACGGAGCAGCAUGGGCUUCAUAACGAUAACUCUGCCAGCCCCGUCCUUGCAGAAGGUAUCCGGGGUGGUAACGCGGUCGGCGGAAAUGCAAUGAGUAAUUCUCCAGGCAGCAACGCAGAGGGUGGAUCGGCUGCUGGUGGGGACAUCGAAGUAUCAUCUCCCUCUUACCGUGGCGGGUUUCCGCUGGUGGGAGGCAAUGGCACAGGAGGAAACGCGGUCGGUAGCAGAGCGGUCGGAGGCACUGCGGUUGGCGGGAGUGUGCGAUGGGGGUGA